AUGUGUUGGUUCUUCACAAAACUCAGGGAAGUAAUCGGAGAAGUCGAGGACCUUGCAUUUGUCAUCAAUUGGGGACAGUCUAUAAUAAAUGGUAUUGUUGAGAUUUUUCCCGAUGCACAUCAUGGGUAUUGCAUGUACCAUAUACAAGGCAACUUGAAGACCAGGUAUUGGGGCAAAGACAUCGUUUCAUUGUUUGGGGGAGCGGCCGAAGCUUACAGUAUUGAAGAGUGUAAUAGGUACAUGGUUGAAAUAGGAAGCAAAUCAUUCCCAACAUGGGACUAUCUAACGAAAAUGGGGAUUGAACAUUGGGCGCACUCAUAUUUUCCAGGACAUCGAUACAACAUGAUGGCGUCAAACAACGCGGAGUCUUUCAAUACAUUAUUUAAGAGGGAUCGAGAGUUCCCCAUUCUCGCACUGAUUGAGAAUAUCCGUACGAAGCUGCAACAGUGGUUUCACGAUCGACGUGUGGAAUCACAUAGUUGCACAAUCACGCUAGCCCCAGCACAAGAGGUAAAGCUCUUCAAGGCAGCAGAGGCUGCAAGAAAGUUAAAUGUCGAACCACUAGACGAGUCGUGCUUCUCUGUGGAAUGUGCACGUCAUACGUUAGAGAGUCUUCCAUGUGAGCAUGCAGUUGUGGUGGCUAUGUAUCGAGAAUUUACAGCGAGAGCAUUGUGCUCUCCUUAUUACACUGCCGAAAACUGGAGAGCUGCGUAUGUUGAAACCAUAUUUUCGCUUCCAAACGAAGUCGAGUGGGAAGUUCUCGAUCAUAUUCGCCCGUUCAAUACAUUGUCGCCACCUCUCAUUGAACCACGUGGUCCUGGACGUCCAAAUAGUUCUAGAAUACCAUCUACUGGAGAGUUUUUCCGACCGCAUAGGUGUAGCAGAUGA